AUGGAGAGUAAUCAGCCCGACCAAGGCGAAGAGAUGGAAAUGGUUAUGGACAUGGUCGGAUUCGGUGGUCCAGAAGAGGAAGCUCCAGUUAUGUCCUUUAACAUGUUAUAAUAAAAGCAGAUUUUUCUUAUAUCCCUUUUCUAGUAUUUUUUAAAUUAUUUUUUAAGACUAAUAUUUGAAAAAGCCAAAAAUAAAAUACCUGACGCAUAAUAGAUCCUGGAGGCGGAGAAGAAGAAGUCCCAGUCCGAAAAUCCCCAUAUCAAUUCGAUCUAUUUGUGAUCGGUGGUGGAUCAGGAGGCUUAUCAUGUGCCAAGGAAGCUGCCACAUUAGGCGCAAAAGUAGCACUGGCUGACUUUGUGCCACCUACACCAAUCGGCACUACUUGGGGACUAGGAGGGACAUGCGUGAAUGUUGGUUGUAUCCCAAAAAAGCUUAUGCAUUUUGCCGGAAUCUUUGGAGACUACCAAGGCGACCAAAGAGAAUGCGGAUGGGAACUGCCAACAAAUGUUCCUCAUAACUGGGAAAGAAUGGUAGCUAAUGUACAAAAACACAUACAAGUACUCAAUUGGGGAUACCGAGUCCAAUUAAUUGAUAAAGAAAUUACUUAUUUCAAUCAUUAUGCAAGCUUUGUAGAUAGUCACACAGUAGCACUGCAUGAUAAAACAGGGAAAUUCGUGAAAAACGUCACAAGUGAAAAUUUUGUUGUAGCGGUAGGAUUGCGACCUUCUUAUGGAGGGUACCCUGGUGCAGAAGAAUGCUGCUUUACAAGCGAUGAUUUGUUUUCAAUGAAGAGUGUGCGUGAUAACAUUCUUUGUAUCGGAGCAUCCUAUAUCAGCUUAGAGUGCGCCGGAUUUUUGCAUUCGUUAGGAAAACAUGUCACUAUUAUGGUCAGGUCUAUUUUGCUUAGAGGGUUUGACCAAGAGGUCGCUGAAAAAAUAGGCAGCUUCAUGGAAGGCUUAGGCAUGGUCUUCAUAAAAGGUGCAGUCCCUAUCCAAUUUUCCAAGACUGAAGAUGGGAAAGUAAGGGUAGAAUACGAACAAAAUGGAGAACAAAAAGUCGAAAUUUAUGGAGCAGUCUUUUUAGCAAUUGGCCGUAUCGCACUUACAAAGGGAAUUAAGCCCGAAAAUGCAGGAAUAGUUAUAAACCCCAGAAAUAACAAAAUCAUUGUAGAUGAAGCAGAUAGGUCAAGUGUACCUAAUAUUUUUUCUAUAGGUGACGUAUCAGAUGGAAGACCUGAGCUUACCCCGUCUGCAAUUCAAGCAGGAAGCUAUUUAGCCAAAAGGCUUUUUGGAGGUUCUACACAUAUAAUGGACUAUGUAAACGUCCCUACAACAGUUUUCACACCAAUUGAGUAUGGCUGCUGUGGACUUAGUGAAGAGAAAGCUAUCGAAAUUUAUGGAGACGAAAACGUAGAAGUAUACCAUUCAAUGUUCAAGCCCCUGGAGUGGAAUUAUUUAGAGUCAAGAGAAGGGAAAUAUUGCUACGGCAAAAUAGUGACAAACAAGCUUGAAAAUGAAAAAGUUAUAGGACUACACUAUUUAGGACCUAACGCAGGAGAAGUUUUACAAGGCUUCGCAGCUGCUAUGAAAUGUGGACUUACAAAAGAAAUCCUUGACCAAACAGUUGGCAUUCAUCCAACCUGUGCAGAAGAACUGACAAAAAUAGACGUCACCAAGCGGUCAGGAAGAACUGCCGCAAAGACCGGAUGCUGAGGCUAG